AUGAGUUUACCAGUCCCUCAAUAUGACUACCCACGGAAGGAGGCCUCCUGGUGUGUCCGGGAUGCCCUGCUCUUCAACCUUAGUAUCGGCGUCGCGCCAAACAACAUUGAACUACUGCAUGUCAGUGCCUUGUCGGGUCUCACUUCAAGACUAUACCUCGUUGACUCAUGCUAUGUAGGAGUCAAGUCCGGCUUUCCAAAUUUUCCCAACCUAUGCGACCGACAUAAGGGGACCAACCAAGACGUCGUCGACUUCAUGUCCCUUCAGAAACCCACCGACAUUGAUUUACCUGGCGUUCCGAGCUUCGAUCGUUCGCGUGUCGUAGAUGGCGAGAAAUGCAUCCUGAUUCAUCGGCCGUUGCCUCCCAGUUCCAGUGGUCAUCAGUUCCAUCUCGAGCAAAAACUUUCGGGGAUAUAUGACAAAGGGAAGCUGGGUACAAUCAUUGAAACUACAACGAGAUUGGUUGAUACUUUAUCCAACGUCUCAUAUGCAACUGUUAUCGGGAGUGUAGUUGCGAAAGGGCAAGGAAACUGGGGGGGACCAAAAGCUACCCAGCAAGUGCGGCAUCAUAUACCAGAUCGUACACACGAUCACAGUGCUCGAUGUGACAUACCAUGGAUGGCCGCCCUGCUGUACCGCUUGAAUGGGGACUAUAACCCUCUUCACAUAGAUCCACAAGCAGCUCACCAAGCUGGAUUCGAGCGGCCAAUUGUACACGGUCUCUACACAUGGAACACGAUCGCCUACAAAAUUUCUCAGAUUCUUUUCCCGGGAAACUAUACUGCACUGAAGCAAUACCAGGCUCGCUUUUCGGCUCCUGUGUAUCCCGAAGACAAGCUGACUAUCCAUAUUUGGCGAAUCGGACCCAGUCAGCGUGAUGAAGGGGAGGAAGCUCGGUUUGUGGCCACCAAUCAGAAUGGAAUUACAGUUCUUUCAAAUGGCAUCGUUGUCUGGAGAGCACAGGAGGAGUCAAGAUUGUAG